UUGCAUAAGGUCUACGCAAAACUCAGGGACGCAAACUUGACUAUAAACAUGGAUAAGUCUAUCUUUUGCCUUAGAGAACUUAAGUACUUGGGAUAUUUAGUUGACAAACAUGGACUUAGAACUGAUCCGGGAAAGGUAGAUAUUAUAUUGAAUUAUCCAACUCCAAAUUCCGCUAAAGAGGUUAAAAGGUUUCUAGGCAUGGCAGGCUGGUACAGGAGGUUCAUUAACAAUUUUUCGAAAAUUAGUAAACCGUUGAAUAAAUUAACUAACAAAAAUGUCCGCUUUGAAUGGACUACGGAGGCAGAUGAGUCAUUUAACCACUUAAAAACCACUUUAGUGUCUGCUCCGAUACUCAAAUGUCCAAACUUUGAUUUGCCUUUUUCUAUCCAUUGUGACGCUUCCUCACUGGAUGUGGGCGGAGUCUUAACCCAGACUUAUGACGGGGUAGAACAUCCCAUAGCAUACUGCAGUCGGUCUCUUGCCAAAAAUGAAAUUAAUUUUUCCACAUCGGAGAGAGAACUUAUGGCCGUGAUUUACGCAUUAGAGCAAUUUAGAUCUUAUGUAGAAGGUACAAAGUGUAAAAUAAUAACCGACCACGCCUCGUUAUUAUGGUUUUAUAAAUUAAAUAACCCAUCAGGUCGCUUAGCCAGGUGGAGCAUGCGAUUGAGUCAAUUUGAUUUCGAAAUAGAACACAGAAAAGGUAAAUUAAAUGUUCUUCCAGACGCACUAAGUAGGAUUCAAGUUGAUGCAAUCGCUACGCCAGCAACCGGUGAUGCGUGGUAUAGACAUGUAUACGAAGAUUAUCAGGCCAACCCUCGCAAAUAUCCCCACUUCAUGGUAAAAGACGAUAGAUUGCUUAGGUACUCUAAAAAUAAAUAUGAGUUAACGAAUGAGUUUAAUUGGAAGUUAGUGGUACCCGAGGAAGACAGGUUAGAUAUUUUAAAGAAAUGUCAUGAUGAACCAGUUAGUGCUCUUUUGGGUGUCUUUAAAACCCACAAGCGUCUUAGUCUUAAUUAUUACUGGCCCAGCAUGUACCGAGAUGUGAAAGAAUAUGUUAAAAAAUGCGAGAUAUGUAAACAAUACAAACCCGUCAACACGGCUAUACCUGGUUUAAUGGGAAACCCGAAGGAGGUUAACAAACCCUGGGUGGCCAUAUGUUGCGAUUUGCUAGGCCCAUUUCCGGUUUCUCGCAAUAGGAAUAUUCACUUAAUUGUAUGUACAGACUAUUUUAGCAAGUAUGUCAUGUUGCAUCCUAUACGGAUCGCAACAGGCGCUGCGGUCGCUAAGUUCAUAGAAGAGAAAGUGUUCCUAGUACAUGGCGUAUGUAAGACUAUCUAUAUUGACAAUGGCCCACAGUAUGUGUCUAAUCAGUUUAGGCAACUUUUACAUAAAUAUAACGUACCGAAUAUCUAUUAUAACCCGCGUUAUCACCCACAGGUAAAUCAAGCCGAAAGAGCGAUUAGGAACGUAGUUAACGGUAUAUCAUGUUAUGUAGGUACCGAGCAUAAACGAUGGGACGAGAACAUCCCACAGUUGCAAUGCGCACUUAAUUCAGCUGUGAGAGAUACCACUAAGUUUACUCCGUAUUUUCUUGUGCACGGACGGGAAUUCAUAAUAGAUGGAAUGUUACACAGCUUAGAUAGCCCUCAGCCAGUUCAAAGAUCACAAGUAACUCUCGGUGAACCACAAGCAUACAGUAAAAAAUUAGCGGAAUCAGACACCAUAUUUAAAAAGGUACAAAAGCAUAUUAAAAAUGCUCAUUCUAGAAAUGAAAAGUACUAUAACUUAAGAAAACGACAUGUUGAGUUAAAAGUAGGUCAGAUUGUAUAUAAACGUACCCAUUACCUAUCUAAUGCCUCAAAGAGAUUUACGGCUAAACUAGCACCAAAAUUUCAAAAAUGUGUCAUAACAGCGAAAUUAUCACCUUUAGUGUAUACCUUAGCCAGCAUGGAAGGUAAGACACUAGGUAAUUUUCACAUAAAAGACAUCCUUAAACAAGAUGACUAA